GUUUGUUUUGGUUUGACUCGUGCCGCAAAAACUUAGAAAUCGUACGGAACGAGAUGCCUUCGUUAACUACCAGCUUCCAGUCCCACCUGGCGCAGGUGGAGGUGUGCGACGUGACCUACGUGAUACGAGUCCUGAAAAUGAAGGACUCGCUUUUCAUCUACGUCGGGCAGGACAAAUCGGAAACCUUCGACGAACUGGCCGUGGCCAUGCCGUGCGACAGCGAGGAAGUGCUGGCCACCAAAAUCAUCGGCCCACCGGACGGGGUCGGGUCGCAUCAGCUGGCCCAGCGAUUGGCAAAGAAGCUAAACAAACCGGUGUUCCUGAGCCUCGGUGCGAGCGUCCCAAACGACCGCAUCGUGAGGCCAUCGAUCGAGAAGAAAAUCUUUGACGAGAUUAAGAACAACGUCGAAUGCUUUUGAACUGCCUGGCUGGAAGGAAUUGCAGAUAAUCUAAGCGAAUGGGUCAAGAGCCUCAAACUCGCAACCUCAAGGGAACGGCAGCCGGUUCCUGCAUUUAGCGUGUGAUUUUUGCCGAAGUGCUUGUAAAGAGACAUAGAUUUUAUGCUGUGCUAUUUCAUAGUUUUUGGAAACAAAUAUAAUUUAUAUAUAACGCCAAUGGAA